AUGGGAAAAAUCGGAUAUGAUGAAAAGAACUUGAAUGCCGACUGUGCAUGGUAUAUUGAAGCCCCAAGUGAAUACGAUAAAAUUAUUCUCAACGUAGAACAAUUUAGGUCACAGCAAGAUGAGUUCCUUAACAUCUAUGAUGGCUCUGAUGCUACGGGAGACCCGCUGGAACAGAUAGACGACACAAAUCAGAAGCAAUUUAAUGCAUAUGUCAGUCCUGGUCAUCAGUUAUAUUUCACGUUCCAAUCAGACGGCGCUAAUCAGCAGAAAGGCUUCAACAUUCUUUUCUUUUCAAAUAAUUCAGCAAAUCAGUACCAAUGUGGGGAAACAAUUGCAACAACGUCGGAAGCAGCGUUAAUUAUGUCACCUAAUUUACCGAACCAGUUCGCCGCGGACGACAACUGCAACUGGCUUUUCUCUUCUACGAGCGACACUAUUUCGUUUCAAAUAGUUUUUCUAGAUAUGGCUAGUUGCAAGCCCGAAUAUUGUCAUUCUAUGACGGUAUGUGCAACAGCCUAUACUUACACAUUCGACGAAAUAACAACAACAGGUUCUCAGGCAUAUGUGGAAUGGACAGUUAGCAGUAAUGCUAUUGGUUAUGGUUUCAUGAUAGCAUACGUAUUAAGCGGAGGUGCUAAUUCUACAAACGAUACAGUGUUCUUGGAAUAA